AUGGACAUGUUGAUGAAGAAGAAAGUUAUCCUAUAUAAGGGUCAAAUUAGCACCAUAGAGUGUGAAAAUAUAGAGGAAGCCCUUGAGAAACUCAUAUUCUUGGAUUCGAUAGUUUAUACUCAAGAAUCAUUAUUAAAUGAUAGAGAAAUGGAUGGUCAAGAUGCUACAUGUUUCAACUUGGUGAACGAAUUCAGGGACAACUUGAAGAGCAAAGCCAUAGUAACAUUACAACUGCACGAUAUUCUGGGCUUCAUCCAAAGUCAGGAUUCGCACGAGGCAGUAAUAAAAAACCUUAUUUUUGACGAUGAAAAAAUGUUAGGCUUCAGCCAAAGAUAUCUAUGGGAUCUAUCAAUUUGUUUCAAACCAAAUCCUGAUAUUAUUAUGGACCUUUUAAAAAGAUUCCAGAAGAAUAACAACAUACCUGAAAAAGUUAAGGAGACGAUGAUUUUAAGCAUAGCAUCAAUAGCGUAUAGGUUGAGUCAACUCAAUGGAUAUAAAGUUAAAGUUUUGAAAGAUGUGGAGGAAGCCAUAAUAAAUAAUCUCGACUAUGCCAAAGGCGAGGAAAAAUACCAAUUCUUCAGAGCCUUGAAGAUUCUCAAGUCACCCAACACGAUCCCAAAACUUCUUGAUGUCAUCGAAAAAGGCACUCCAAAGGAAGGUGUAUUGAGCUGGAAAAUCAUAAAAUCUCUACCGAAAGAGUAUUGGGGUGAAAACGUGUUAAAAGCAGCAAAGAAGACGUUCUUCCAGCUCAACAAAAGGCACGAUUCCAGCUCCAGAACCAUAGCAGCCGAACUGAUGUUGGAAACAAACAUUACAGAACAAAAUCUAAAAGAUAUGUUCCACUAUUUAGGAUCAAACGAUACUUCUUUUGAAAUUAAACAAUACGUGUACCAAAACAUUAGAAUGAAGGCUGACGAGUGUCAAUUAUUUAGAAGAAUGGUUUUAAACAUCAUAAGUAGUGAUCCUUUUUUGAAUAAUUAUUCCACGCUAGCACCAAGAGGAAUGUCCACUGCUUUAUCCAGGAAUUUCCUGAGCAGCGACAGUAGUAAUGGUAGCUUAGUAUCUCUGCAAGAGUUGAAGAGUGGUAUAGUCAAAAGAGGAUCAGUGAAUAUAGUGAUGAAGAAAAAUGACGCUAUCAAGGAGAUAUUUAGUCUUGGUUUGUUCUCCGGUGGACUAUCAAGCUUCAUGUCAAGUAAUGGGAAUGAAAACGAUCUUGAAGAUGAGGAAUCAGCGAAUGCUGGGAUGGAGUUGUCAGUGUUGGGAACACAGCUGAGACCUUUCUUGUUUUUCAGUGGUCAAGGUGAGAUUAUGGGACAUGUGUGGUCUGGGACAGCUUCUGAGAAAACACCGGCGUAUCAAGUAAGCAAAUAAAACAU